CAGCAGGUAAGUCAAACAGUAGUAAAAUAAAUAGUUAUACAAGUGAACUAACAAUAAAUUUACUUAGGAGCAACGUAAUUUAAAUAUACAUAUAGAAGUAAAUUUCCAGAAUAUAAUUGGAAAAUGUGCCUUCUGAGGCAGGCAAUUGUAAACUAAUAAAACUACUGAAAACUAGUUCAAAUGUUUUUUAAAAUAUAUUUUUAACAAGUUCAACAAAAGUUUUUUUCAGAAUUAAGCAGAUUUUUGUGCAUUGACUUAUUAUCUUAAAUUGUUUAUAUAAUUAAGGUCAUAAAAUUGAAAAUCAUCAGUCAGUCACAAGUGGUGGGCAACUGUUUGCACCCAAUAUCCAAAGUGAUCAUUUCGCUGGACCUGUGACAGUCUCCAUGGGCAACAGUACCGUUGUUAACCACUAUGGCGGUAACCUCUUAUUAUUGCUUGUGUUUGUCUAAAAAUUUGAAUACUUUUAAAUGUUGUUGGAUAUAUUGUUCACGGUUUAUUUUUAAUUUUCAGGAGAAUAUGAAAAAGACCUUUCGGGUAGGUAUUAAAAGGAUCUAAUCAGACCUAUGAUUUAUAAGUAAAUAUAUAUUACAAGUCAGAAAAAUGUUGAUUUCCGUUACUUUCCUAAAAAAUCUUCUUCAUAUUUUAUGUUCUAGAUGUCACAUGCUCAGCUCACCUUCAUUGUAAUAUUUUAAUUUUGAUUUUCCCCAAGGCUAGCAAGUUGUUAGAUGUCCAGCUCAACUUAAAUUUAUGGUAUUUUUACCCGGUUCAUCCAAUUGGAAACUUUACACGUUAGUCCCAAACUCCUUUCCAUAUCCAGCCUGCAUGCUCAGACUGAACAUAAAACAAUGUACAUCCUCUGUGUCCUGUUUGAUUUGAAGCGUCAUCCCUCAUAUCAACCACUUCCGAGUUUGCCUGUGCCUGUUUCCAUUAGCUGCUACCCCUGCUGCACAGCCAUUGAUACCAAAGUCUUUUUGCAUGCUUCCAUCACCCUCUCCCAAAUCUCACCCCACACAAACUGCAUCACGUCCAGAAUUCUACUUUCUGCAUCCAAUUUCACACUUUUACCAACUAUUACUUUUCUACUGGCUUCCCAUUCCCCAGUGUCUUAAUUUCAAAAUAUUUGUACAUGUAUUUUAUAAAUCUCUUAUCUUGUCCCACUCCUCUCGACCUCCUCCUUCAGCCCUGCAUCCAUUGAGCUCGUAUCUUCACUAACUUCCUUCCAAACCUCCGCCUAAUGUCCAAACACCUCUGGUGCUUCGGGAUGUCUGUUUUAUAUGAAAGCACCUGCAUUGGUGCAAACUGUUGUGAUCGAGAUGAAUCUGGCUUCUUGAUUGUCAAAACCAAAUCUGGAAGUUGAAAUGACUUACAGCUGAAAGAUUCAUCCGCAUUGAGAAUGGUUUUAACCUUUACCUUUUACAUCCAUCAUAGAGGCUGAUUUGGCAAAUCUCAAAAUGACCCACAAAAAUAAAUCAAAAGAAGCGUUUGAAUACAUGGUAGAAUCCGGAAAGAAGGGGAAAAAACGAGUUUUGCUGAGGGAGCGAUUCAUUAAUGUCAGCAUUACUGAGGUUGACGAGGACAAUCAGAAUGAUGAGAAUAUCGAAUUCAUCGAAUUUGACGACCUUUUCAGGCCACCGUCGGGACAGGUCCAAACGGCCCUGACAGUAGUUACAAAGGGAAUAGCUGGUAUUGGAAAAUCAGUUCUUGUCCAAAAGCUCAUUUAUGACUGGGCUAUUGGCGCUGCACUGACUGAGUAUGAUUUAAUAUUCAUCUUCCCUUUCCGCGAGCUUAGCUUAUUGUCCAAAGAGAAGAAGGAGAUCACUCUACCUGAGCUUGUCAAGCAGUACUACCCACACAUGGAGAGCUGUAAAAGCAUGUUGGCAAAUGAAGCCAUCCGAACACUGUUUGUCUUUGACGGGCUGUCGGACGGCGAGCUGGAAGUGAAUUUUAACAAACACGUUGUAUGUCGAGAUUUGAGCGGGGCGGUUACACUUGGAACCAUCCUCGUUAAUCUCAUCAAAAGGGAACUUCUUCCUUCGGCUUCCAUUUGGAUAACUACCAGAGCCGGGACAAAGAACAUCAUCCCUCCUCAAUACGUGGACAGGGUGACUGAAAUCAAAGGAUUCCAGGAGCAGGAAAGGGAAGAUUAUUUCCGCAGGCGAUGCGAAAAGCAGCAACUGGCAGAAAAAAUAAUCCAGAUUGUGAAGAAGCAGAGGAACCUGUUUUUCAUGUGCUCCGUCCCUGCUUUUUGCUGCAUUCUUUUUUCUGUUUUAGAAACUGUGCUGAAAUCUACGGAGAGCAAAGAUGAAAUACCUCAGACCUUAACAGAAGUGUAUUCCCACUUCCUAGUCCAUUUGAUUUUAUUUCAAGAGGAAAAGGUCGAAUUUGUAAAGGAAGAGUUACAGGCCGAGUUGCUGUGCUCGAAGCGCGGUUCGAUCUUCUCUCUGGGGAAACUGGCUUUUGAAAGAAGCUUCAACCAAGGCCCCCAGACAGUCUCAUUCACUGAGACAGAGUUGAAAAGUCACAACAUCGAACUCCCGUUUGUUUGCGGCGGGCUUUGCAAAGGCAACGGCGAGCGCGAGAAAACCAGUUACUCCUUUGUCCAUUUAGCGGUCCAGGAAUAUUUUGCGGCUCUCUAUGUCUUUCUCUCCUUCCACAACCAGAAGAAGAAUGCUAUUGGGAAAAGAUUUAAACUGUUUGAAAAAUGCAGCUACUCGCAGGUAUGUAAAGAAGCCUGCGAGUCUGCGUCCAAAGAUGGAAAGGGCCAUCAGGAGUUUUUUCUAAGGUUCCUUUGCGGAUUGGGAACAGGAAAAAGUCAGCAGUUUUUGAAAGGGCUUUUGGAACAUGGCCGGAACAUGAAGGAAAAAGACGAUUCAAAGAAAAUCGCUAAAUUCUUAAAAAAGACCUUGCAGGCAAAUAUUCCUCCAGAACAAACCAUUAACAUUUUACACUGCCUAAAUGAAUUAAGUGAUACAUCUGCCCUUGAAGAAAUAAAAGAUGCCUUCAAGAGUGGGACCUUCUCUUCUGGGAGUCUCUCCCCUGCUCAGUGCGCGGCGCUCGCUUUUGUUCUGCAAAUGUCAGAAGAGAAUUACAGAGAGUUGGAUCUGUCAUUGUACAAACUGCCAUCUAUUGGUAUACAAAGACUGCUGCUAAUUGCUAACUAUUUUACGGGGAUAAAAUUAUCUGGGGCCAAUAUCAAAGACUCUGGAAUGAAAAUACUCACUGAUGUGAUGAAAAGGCGGGAUUGCAAAUUGCAAAACGUGAAGUUAGAUGGAAACAAUCUUACUCAUAAAAGUUGUGAACAACUUGUUGGUGUUCUGAAUGACAACCACAGCAUAAUACUUUUGGACUUGGCUGAUAAUAAUUUACAAGACAAAGGUGCUAUUUUACUGUGCAAUGCCCUAAAAGCUGAGCAGUGUUCUCUACAAAUGCUAAGUUUGGGUGGCAAUAAAUUAACAGCCAGUUGUUGUAAGGACUUGGCUGAGGUGCUUGAGCAAAACAAGACCCUGGUGGAGCUGGACCUGAGUAAUAAUAGAAUAGGUGAGGAGGGACUAGGCCAACUAUCUGAAGCGCUGAAGAAUGAGAAUUGUACAUUACAAAAGCUGGGGUUAAAUUCUAUAUUUGCAUUUGAGUUUGGAUUAAUGGGCACUUAUGAGGAUGCUUCUGGAGCUGAAAAACUGUGCGAUAUACUGAAAAGCAAAAAUUGUACAUUACAAAGCCUAGGGUUGGCAAAGAAUUCAUUCACGCAAAAAGGUUGCGCCAAUCUUAUUUCAUCUCUGACAGGCAAUCAUAUACUGACGGAGUUAGACCUCAGCUCUAACAAUUUACACAAUGAGGGAAUUACUGCAUUGUGUGAAAUUCUGAAAGGGCCAGACUGUAAAAUUAAAUCAUUGAAAAUGGCAAAUACUAAACUAACAAGUGAUUGUUGUGAGACACUCGCUUCUCUGUUCAACACUAACCAGGCACUGACAGAACUGGAUGUGAGCAUGAACGAAUUGGGCAAUAACGGGGUGAACGUAUUGUUUCCUUCAUUUAAGGAUUCGCAUUGUAAAUUAGAAAAGCUAGGACUAUCAAAAACUGGUCUCACAGAUGCCUGCUCCAAUGACCUCAAAUCCACAUUUGAAACAUCGCAGACAUUGAUGUAUCUUGAUUUAAGCCAUAACAAAUUUACAGACAAAUCUGUUCAAAGCUUUUACGAUUUCAUUUCGGGUUGUGCUAAUCUAAAGACCAUACGGUUGGAGAAGAAUCGGUUUUCUGCAAAUGGAUGCAAAACUCUAGAAGACCUGAAUAAGAAAAACAACGAUCUCCAGAUUGUGGUGUUGAAAGCUUAAAAGGCUCAAUAAUGCACAUAAAGUUUUCUGUCCUCUAUUAUAAUGAUCUACAUUUUCAUAGGAGUUACAAUGGAAGAUGCAUGUAAAAAAAUUGUACUUUUAAAAAUUGUGUUAACAUUGCCACUGUGUAAAGGUGUGAAAUCCAUUUAUUUUCUUUGAUAAUUGUGUCAGCAAACCCAUGGAUACUUGAGUCAUACAGUUCAGGAAAGGCUAACAUUUAUUUCCUGGUAUGCAGUGACAUUUCUGAUUUCAACAUUUAGCCUCAGUGUCCUGGGUUAGAAAGGGAAAAUUGACUAGGGUUCCUACUCUUGUUAUUACUAAAUGGGAUCUGCCGGGGGUAUUUGGGCAUUCUGUCAUUAAAAUAAGAUUUGAGAAUGCAGAUCUCACAGAAUAGUAUCAAAUACUGGUGAAUUGGAAGGGUGUGGAAGAAUAUUGUGCUAUUGAAGAACAAAUUUUCUCAACAGCUUUCAUUAGCAGUCUGAAUGAAAAUGUGAUGGUUUGAUGUUUAAGUUUGAUUACAAAGGUACCAAAUCAUUUGUGGUUAACUAAAAACAAAAUGUUACCCUGCAAUGUUUAUAUUUUAAAUUAUAUAAAAUCUAAACAAAUCAAAGUGAAUCAUGCUGGUACAUUUUAAAAGCAGACUUUUAAUGAUUUGUUGUGUAACUUGAUCAGUGAAUAAUAUGAUUAAGUUAAUGGAAAAGUGUUCACUCUUUUGAAAUAUUUUCAAUUUACAAUUAUAUUAAUUGAUGAUAGCUGUGUAUUUUAAAUUCUACUUUAAAAUGUAUAAAAAUUAUACGUGUUUUCAUCUAAUGUUGGCAUUGCUGUGAAAAGAGAUAUGCUGUCAAGCUUUUUGUCUUGCACAUCAGGACAGAUGCAAAAAUGCCAAAUUUCGAGUGAACAACAAUUUAUACUGCAUGAGAAAACAAUGCUGAUUGGUUGGCAAAUCUACUCUGAUUGGUUGAGGUGUUGCCUUGGAGAAUGCACAAGGGAACCAUUUUCCCCAUGCUUUUGAAUUAAACUUUGUUGAAGUCUCAGAAUUA